AUGUUCUUGGGCAGAUAUGCGUACGAAUACUUGUGGCAAUUUGUUCACAAUUUUCUUGCUGCGAACCGCUUCUCUGAGAAGGAAAAUUCCAGGAAGUCACCUUCUCCAUAUAACGCUGUGUCGACGUCACCAUCGACUAGUAGGGGCAUGGAGACCCAGGGCCUCGACAUCUCCAAUUACCAAACUAAAACCCCCCUAAAUACCCCCAAGGAAGAUGACGCCGGCGGCAACGGAGAUUUCGAAGAGCUACCGUCGACUUGGGACUUUUCGGCAGCCACUACUAGGAGCAUUAAGCCUUUGGAAAAAUGGAACGAAAAGGAAGGUAAAUUUAAGAUUGUCGAGUGGGUUGGUUUAGAUCUUGAUAAACUUGACGAAUUCUUGUUUGUCGUCCGCGAGAGAACUGAUAAGAAUACCCUAGAGAAAACGUCUUACAUCGAUAUUAAGUCUCCCUGGAUACGGGAUAUUUUGAGAGAGAUUUGCGGAAAUAUUCGCGGCGUCUCCCUGGCCGAUAGCAAGCUAUCGAUCGAACUAAAUGCCAUCUUUUAUGUCCGCUUAGACCUCUAG